AUGACCCGAUUCAAUGAGUGUGUCUCGUUCAUCAAAGUGAGUUAUAACAGAAAUUGAACCAUACCCCAUUGCUUUAAGGGUUCUUUCGAUGACAAAGGAGUUAUGCAGAGUGCUUUGGAAUACGUUGACACUGUAUUCCAUUUGGCCGCCGUUGGAAUGACUGGACAAUAUGCGGUACCUUGAGUUUGACGUACUACGAUAAGUGAAAUAUUGCAGCAUAACCGCAAGGCAUGCAUGGAUAUCAAUGCAAUUGGAACUAUGAAUCUUCUCGACUGGAGCAAACAGUUUGGAGUCAAGCGCUUCAUUUAUACUUCAUCUAUUGGAGUUAUCUUCCAAGGAGAACCACUUGAGAACGCUGAUGAAAACGUGCCUUAUCCUCUCUUUGUUGGUUUUUUGCUUGGAACGUUUCAAUCCUAUCAUUUUACCUGUUCAGUUCUAUAAUUACUAUUGUGAAUCGAAAGCGCACGCCGAACGCAUCGUUAGACAAGCUUCGUCGGAAAGAAUGAAGUGCUCCGUUUUGCGUUUCAAUGGAAUAUACGGACCCGGGGAGAAGAGAGUUACCGAAAGAGUUAAGGUAUGAAGCAUGUGCUUAAUGUGGCUUUGAUCGAAAAAACAUUUACAGAACUUUAUGAUAUCGGGUUGGUGGAUUGCUUGCUGUAAGCCCGAUGGCGUAGAAGCGCAGACACAGCUUUCGUCCGUAGACAACUGUGUUCACGGACUUUUGCGAGCCGAGAUAACAUUGCGCAACUGUGACGCACCACAUGCGCAGGUACUCUAUUCAAAAAAGGUUGUUCUCAACAUUUGACGUAUGUUUUCAGAUUUACAAUAUCAUGGACCCAGAGCCUGUUGGAACGUUUUCGUUCUGGUCUCCACUGAAUGAAGCGCUGGGAUUUUCAUGUUUUUUGGUCGACAUACCAUCUCACGUACUACGCUCUUGUGGUUAUGUCUCACAAGUCAUUUCAAAUAUUCUAAGAAUUGAUCCCAUUGUGUCGCUCUUGGAAGUGGACUUAUUGCUGACGAACAACACAUUUAACAUCAACAAAGCCCGUCGUGACCUUGGAUACAAUCCUCAUCCUGAUUCGAUGCCAGACGUAAGUGUCUCUAACUCAAUUAACAUAGUGUUCCGGGUUUUUCAGAUAAUCUACAAAUACACAAGUGAACUAACCCCGGAGGGACUCGAAAAAAACAACACAAAAAGAACGUCGUUAUCAAAUGGAUAGUAUUCGUUUCUGUUGUUCUUUUUCACUGUGCUGCUAGUCCAAAUACUGAAACUAAUUCUAACCGCAUUGAAUUUCCUUUCCUCUAAACGUCACACCUAUGCUUGAAAUUACCAUUUCCUCAUUUUUCCAAUAUUAAUAGCUUUGUAGUGUAAAUGCAAAAUGACGAACAGUAAAUUAUGCAAAUAAAAGAAUUUCUGACCAGCCUUUCCAGGCACAAAGUUCGUAGGUCUCAGAUCAAACUGUUAUCUGUGGUUUCUAUGAAAAUCGGUGAUAUUUCGAUGUGGCCACACCCUUAAGAGCAUUUCCGCAGUUAGCACUAUAAAAGCUGGAAACAUGGCAUAGCCCCUAUCGGCUACACUCAGUUCUCGGUACUCUUUUCUUAUUUCAAGUGUUUAAGGCAUGACAUCACUUGUGCUGUUAAUCAUUUCGGCGAUAGCACUUCUGUCGGGGUACAGUUCUUUAACAAUACAACAAAAUGAUGUGUGAGAACUUUUUCAGAAUACAUGCGGACAGUUCGUUCAAAAUCGACACAACUAACCAUCAGUUUCUUCUUGACGAUCAGCCAUUCCGUUACCUUGCUGGUGAAAUUCAUUAUUUCCGAAUCCCAGCGACGAAAUGGGAAGAUCGACUAAAAAGAGUUCGGUCAAUGGGAUUGAAUGCAAUCACAGUGCCGGUUCCCUGGAACCUGCACCAAAUUGAAUACGAAUCGUGAGAAACGUGGUGAUAAGUUUGUGUUUAACCCAUCUAUUACAGCAUUCCCGAUUUCACAGGCAAUCUGGAUCUGUUCAAGUUCAUCCAAAUGGCUCAGGAUAAUGGGCUGUACACUUUAAUUCGACUGGGUAAAAUAAACAUUUCAAGUGAUUCGUUUAAAAAUCAGUUACUUUCAGGACCUUACAUUGCUGAUGAGUGGGAAAACGGGGGUCUUCCAUGGUGGUUGAUCAAGAACACACAUAUCACAAAGUACAGAAGUAGCAACUUGGCGUAAGUGUGAAUCGUUUCCACAAAUGCAUUCGGUUUGUUUUCAGAUUCAUCGCAGAAGUGUCACAAUGGUGGAACUACCUGCUACCAAAACUGGCACCUCUAAUGAGAAAGAAUGGUGGUCCAAUCUUAAUGGCACAGAUUGAGCAUUAUUAUGGGUCCACUGGUAUUUGCGAUCAGGAUUAUCUUCUACAACUCGCAAACCUGGCUAAAAAGUACUUGGGCAAUGACGUGGUUCUUUACUCUGGUUAGUGUACCUCUAAACAUUGAAAUGUUUUGUUUUUGUUGCAGUUGACAUGCCAAUGAUGCCGUUUUUUUGCAAUGCGGAAGAGUUCCCGGAAUACUGCCAACCAUCGAAAUGAGUCCGAACAGUGACACAAGUGCAGCGAACGGUUGGUUCCAGCAACAACAAGCUCUUGCUGCUGGUGGCCCUCGAGUUGGCUCACAAUUUCUGUUGGGUGUUUACAAACUGUGGGGCACUUCUGUGAAUGAUCCGUUUACAGAAGAUGUUAUUAUGAAAAACACUUCAAGGUGAAUCAAAAAAACUACCAGUUUUAAAAAGAAAAAUUAUGAUUUGCUUUGCAGCGGGUUGGGCGCUCAACGCUAGUAUGAGUUUUCACCUGGCUCAUGGAGGAACAAACUUUGCAUUUUGGAACGGAAACAAUGCACCAUACCCCGUAACUACGUCAUAUGACUGUUUCGCGCCGAUUUCUGAAUCAGGAGACACGGCGACCAUUCUGUUGGCCAUCAGGAACUUCAUCAACAACAUUCCGGGAUGGCCCAAUCGACCAACGAGUGUUCUUGCCAACACUCCCAGGAAUAUUUACAGCGACGUGGAAAUGAAACCAACGGAUACACUUAUCGAUUUCGUAGUGUCCAUCAGUACGAAAUGCUGGCUCACUGAAUCGUUGCCGUUGACUGCUGAAGACAUGAACCAAGGAUAUGGAUUUUUGUACUAUCAAACUGUAAGAGAAUUUUAUCACCAAUUAAGUAAACAAAGAAAAGUUUCAGAAUAUCACGAGCUGUGGAAGACUAAACAUCUCAAAGUACGCAGAUGACGCCUACGUUUACUUGAAUGGAAACUUUGUGGUACAUACAACGUUAGAUCUUGCUAGUAUUCAAAAUGAUAAUGUUGAGGGUGCCCUGUACAAUCAAAUGGCUGACAUUCACAACAACACAAUUGACCUUCAAGGAUGCUACAGUGGUGAAAAUAAUUUGGAAAUUUUGGUGGAAAUUUCGGGUAGAAGUCACACGAUGUAUCCGUCAAUUUCAAAGGUAACUAUUUUGAACUCAACUGAACUGUAUGUAGAUUAAUUCAGGGACUCCAAGGUAAAGUUUUCUUGAACGAUAAAAUCAUUUCAAUCUGGAAUUACUGCCAAAUCCCAAUUGGAACCACUGAACUGAACAUUGUGAAAAACUAUGGAAUGAUUCGCGAACAAAUUGCCAGAAGCACAGUUAGGACUUUAUUUCUAAUCAAAGUUUCGACUAUAUCAAUUACAGAAAACAUCUGUGAACACUCAGCAACCGGCAAUAUUUACUGGAACGUUAACAUUGUCGUCGGACCCAAUGGACACUUAUAUUGAUACUCGUGGAUGGGGAAAGGGCUUCAUCACCGUCAAUCAGUACAACAUUGGCAGAUAUUGGCCAACUGAGGGUCCACAAGGCGGUUGAACUUUUGAAAUACACUCUGAUCAAAGUUGUUCAGCAAACUCUCUACCUCCCAUCUGA